AUGUGGUCGAUCGAGGCAGUGAUCGCCAGGCACGAGGCCAGUCUCACCGGGAGCGAGCGCGUCGUCAUGGAGGAGAGCACCGAGGCCGCGGCGACGGCAAGCGGCGUGGCGCCUGGAGCCGGAGGCGCGGAGGCCGCCAGGGCGCCGGGCUUGAUGAAGGUGGUGGUGGCCGUGGACGCGAGCGAGGAGAGCAUGCACGCGCUGUCGUGGGCGCUCGACCACGUCGUCCGGCACCACCCCGGCGCGUCCGUCGUCGUCCUCCACGCCCAGCACCGCGUCGACCGCUCCGCCUAUGCAGGCCUGGCCUACGUCCCGCCCACGGCGAUGGACGCCAUGAGGAGGACGCAGGCGGAGAACACCAGGAAGGCGGUGUCCCGCGCGCUGGACGUGUGCAAGCAGAAGCAGGCGAGCGCCACGGCGGCGGUGGUGGUGGGCGACGCCAAGGAGGCCAUCUGCCAGGCCGUGGAGGACAUGCGCGCCGACCUCCUCGUCCUCGGCAGCCGUGGCCUGGGCAUGGUCAAGAGGGCGUUUUUGGGCAGCGUGAGCGACUACCUCGCCCAUCACGCGUGCUGUCCCGUUCUCAUCGUCAAGCCGCCCAACGAAGCGCGUCACAAGUGA